AUGACAAACUCAUUAGAAAACAAGAAGACUUUACUGCACGAGGCAGCAUGGAAGGGAGACCUGGAACAAGUUAACACAUUGCUCAACUUUGGAAUCUCUGUUAAUUGCCAGUAAGUUAAUAUCUACUAAUAGAGUAACCAAGAUAAUUAUGGAUACUGUUAGGCAACUGCUGCACUUCAACCGCUGUCUCAACACCUACCUAUAUCACGGGUAGGCAACCUUCUGCACUCCAGAUGUUAUGGACUACAUCGCCCGCAAUUCUCUUAAAGCCAUAAUGCUGGCAAAACACCAAGGGAGAUGUGGUCCACAACAUCUGGAGUGUCCAAGGAUGCCUGCUCCUGAUCUAUAUAAUGCCAGCAUUUUGAAGCUGACAGUACGCCAACCAAAAAAAGGAGUUUGUCAUUACUAAUGUGCCAACUACAGCUCAUGCCAAAUGUUGUCUAUAGCAGCUUUGUUCAAUUCACAUCAAGCUAAAUCAGAUUUAUAUUUUUAACUUAGUAGAGAGAGUAGCGGGCUAUUUAAUAAUAAGUAGAAACUAGCUCACUUUCUAAAGUUGAUCUUGUUUAAAGGGACAUAGAGCAUUACCGCAUUCCUAUAUUAUCACAACUGCUUAAAACACUGGUAGUCUCAAAGAUCAGUAGAUUUAGAGAUUUGCACACAACAUUAGCAGUAAUGACAGAUUGCACUGUCCCUUUAAGACAUGCAUACAAUUAAUGUUAUAUUGUACAUGCAAAGGCAAGAAUAGUAAUAAAGAAGGCAGAGUGUGCAUACACAACAUUUAAAUGUGGGACUACAGCUUACAAAACUGCUUCACUUAAAAUGUUAGAUUAUCAGUUGUAUCUCUCAGCAAUGCAAUACAAUCCAAAACAUUUAAAUGGUUAAAGGGCACUUUAUUUAAUAUGGCAUUGUAUUGUGUUCACAAUGUCCCUGUUAUUCAAUUGUCUGGCAACUGAAAUUUUGAACUGAAAACAAAUUUAGAUACAACAUAAUACCAUGGAGGACAAUGCGUAUAUGUGAUGUUUCUAUCAAUUUCCUAAAGUCUAGUGAAGGUGAAAUGUUGGCUAAACCUAUUUGCUAACAGUAGAAGGACUAUUUUCAUUAAAUGGGAACUGCCACUUUAUUAUAAUGUUUACCUAUCUCUAUAUUUAAAAAAUAUGAAUUUGUGAGGUGUGAGAAAUAGAGUUAAAUUUAGCAAACCACAUCUCUUUAUCUUGCGGUUGGUAAAUCUGAAUUACCAAUUCGACAAUAUCAAUUGAUGUAAUCAGUAUGGCACUAUUGGCUUAGAUACCUGCCCUAAGCACUCUCCGCCAUGAAGAUUAGAAAACAUUUGACAUAUCUGCUUUUUCUUUGAAUUUUUACUUUGCUUUUAACCCAAAUAAGUAACUGUCUUUACUGUAAUUGUAUAACAGUGAUUUAGCCAAAUCUGAUACAGAAUUAUUCGCAAAAUUUAGGAUUCCAAAGUAAUUUUGACAUUUUAGACCAAAAUAUGAAAAACAUAGGUAACCUGAAGAUUUUCUUCUAAUUUCACAUUUGUGACCAAAAAAACGAAAUUCACAAAAAGUGUUCAGUUCUUUUUAUUUAUUUAUUUUUGGUUUUCUGGUCUGAGAUAUAUAUAUAUUUGGUUCAACAAAAAUUUGCAGAAAAAUUUUGUUGAUCACCAAAUUAAUAACCCUCGUUGGGACCCUAGCCAACUGGAGGACGGGACUGGAUAGAUCAUCAAUCUGAAUUAUUGGUGAUUUGGAAAUAUUUAUGUCAUGGGUUGAGAAAGGCGCUUUUUCUUAUUUUUUUUUAAACGUAUUUCUUUUUUUUCCUUUACUAUUAUAUUACAGCCCCACAGUGGGGACACAGAGGUUGGAUAGUGAUCUGUCUACCCUCUAGUCUGUAAAUUAGGAGCUUGGGGGUAUGUUACUAGCGAUAAGGCAGCAAUAGCUGCCCAGUUGCUAGUUUUUUAUUAUAGCGAGAAGCCACUGGCCGCUCCUUGUUAAGCAGACAUGACCCCACUUGGGAAGCUUUUGGUCGUUUUGUCAUUCUUAAGAAUAUGAAAGCACAUUUCUAAAAAAAAUUAUUAGUGAAAGCAAUACAAUUACCAUAGGAAUGUGCAGCACAUUUCAUUAGUGUGUGCACCCAGGAGUUAUUUAAAUUUUAUAUAAGGUGAAUGUUUAUUAAAGAAAGAUUCCAAACACCAUAAACACUACAGCCCACUGGAGUGGAUAUGGUGCAGUGGAUAUGGUGCCAAGAUUGCCCUGGUGUCCUCCAAGUGUAGUUUAUCAUAUUGUUUUAGAACAGUUUAACAAUGUAAUUGGAUCCCACCGGUGCCUCCACCUGCAGCCCCUACUUCCAGUUUCUCCUUGCAGGCAAUGAUUUGGCUUUAUAAAGGCAUCCGGGGUCUUCUACAGAAAACCAGGUGCAGCAUGGGUGCCUGAGGAACCCAUGGAAAGUGUCAAUUGAUUCUAACACUGGAAGGGUUCCAGAGCUCUGGUAGCCCCAUAACCAUUACAGCAGGAUGCCAACUAAAACAGUGAAGUGUGUGUGGGGAAUAACAGUGGUGACUGUAAUUGUGGUAGCUGUGUGUGAUGUAUAUGUUUUGACUGUGUAUAGUUGCUUUAUGUAUGAUGUUUGUGGCAGUUUGUGCAAUGUUGAUAGCUGUGAGUGAUUUGUGUAGUAGUGCAUGAUGUGUGAAUUAUAUGUAGGUAGCUGUAGUGAUGUGUGUGGUUGUGUGUGGGUAGCUGUGACUGAUAUCUGGUGAUUGAUAUCAUGUAUAUACAAGCACAGUGACACACGCAUUGCACUCUCCUUAAGUUGUCCCUUUGCAGAUGCUGCCUGGGUGUUUAACUGAGCCAGGACAACCCUGCUGAUGCCUGUCCUCCAUUUUCACAGCCUGUCCUCCAUUUGCCACUGUGUUGGCCGCCGAGAUAUGACAUCACUAUGUAUCCUGGCAAUCCUUUAGCUGUCUAAAAAGGAGUGAAUUGCUCCUGUCACGUCUUGUACAUCCCCACCUCUCUUCCAGGGUGGGGAAAGUAAUAUUUAAAAAAAAUAAAAAUUCACUAUCAGAAGUGGCGUUGAGCGAUUAGGCAAGAACGCUUCCUCACAACAGAGAGGGAGCACAGGCAUCGGUCAGGGAGAUCUUCUGAAUCUUAGGAUGUGCCUGGGUACACCCAGCACACUCCGUGUGCAUGUCUAUGAUAAUUAUGCAUGAAGCAGUAUAUAAUUUAAAUCUAACAAAGAAACUUUUGAUAUAUAUCAAUACUCACUGUUUAUGGUGUUAUUCACUAAACCUCGUAUUUUGUCCAGCUGGUAGGCCAAAGCAUAUCUGCAGCAAUCACCCAAACACAUUCGGUAUCCGGAUUAAAAAUUGUGUUUUUACUUCUAAAUGCUAUACAAAGUAUAGGAUUCAGGGGAUUAACAAAAACACUUAUUUUAAAUUGAAUAGGAAUCGAAAACAUCCCACAGGAUACACAUUCGAUACACAUUACACAUUCGCAAAUUAGUAUUCACUUGCUUUCAUGCAAGCAAACGAUAAUUUUAAGUACUAUUUGCCCGAUGACAGUGCUAGCAGCCAGCAGGCAAAAAGUUAAAUAUGUGUCAGCAAUGUGAGGGUUAAUUAUGUGGUCGGGUGGCCAGAGCUUGCUAGCCAGCCAUCACAUUAAUUGUUUAAUUAUUUAUUUAUUUAUAAAAUAUUUUACCAGGAAAGAUACAUUGAGAUUUCUCUCGUUUUCAAGUAUGUCCUGGGUCCACAAAUCAUUGCAUUGUUACAUUAGGUACAACAAAAUACAAAAACAAUAUUAAUACACAAUAUAUACAAAAUUUAACAUAGAACAGGCAGGAAAUAUAUAAUCAACCAUGACACGUGCAUUCUGUUUUGAGGUAUGUAGAGAGGGAUCUCUUAAAAGACUUUAGGCUUAGGGAAGAUUUUAAAUUGUGCGGGAGGUCGUUCCACAAUUGCGGCGCUCUGUAGGAGAAGGAGGAUCGGGCCGCUUUCUUUUUGUAUUGAGGUAGACUAAGUAAAGUGCUUGUACUGGAUCGGAGGUUAUAGAAAGUGGGAACAGCUGGGGAAAGCAUUUUGUUCAGGUAGGGUGGGAGUUUCCCAGAAAAGCUCUUAAAAACAAGGCUGGAAAGAUGAAGGGUGCGUCUGGAUUCCAGCGACAGCCAGUUUAGUUCCUUUAGCAUGUCACAAUGAUGGGUCCUGUAAUUACAUUGUAGCACAAAUCGGCAGAACGAGUUAUACAAUGUGUUGAGUUUAUUAAUGUGGGAUUGCGAUGCAGAUGCAUAUACUACAUCCCCAUAAUCAAUGAUUGGCAUCAGCAUUUGCUGUACAAUCUUUUCCUUUACUGUAGGGCUUAGGCAGGCUUUGUUUCUGUACAGGGCACCUAAUUUUGGAUAAAGUUUAGAUGCAAGCUUUUCUAUGUGCAGGCUAAAAGAUAGAUUGGGGUCUAAUAUCAUACCCAAGUAUUUGAAAGAGUGGACCGCGGUCAGUGUGCCAUUUGAAUUUGUUUUGAUGGAUAGGUGGGGAUUGUGUAAUUUGUGUAAUUUAGGUACCGUUCCAAAGAUCAUUGUGACAGUUUUGUCAGUGUUCAGGAAGAGUUUGUUUUUUGCGAUCCACUUUUCUACCUCUGUAAACUGGUCUUGGAGCAAAGCCUCAAGUUGAGGUAGAUUGGAUUUGCUCGCAUAGAUUACCGUGUCAUCUGCGUACAUGUGUACAUUUGAGGAUUGGCAGACAUUAGGCAGAUCAUUUAUAAAUAAUGUAAAUAGUAGGGGGCCGAGAAUGGAACCCUGGGGUACACCACACGUGACCGGGAGAGGGAGGGAGUCACUGUCAGAAAUGGACACAUAUUGCGAGCGAUCCGAUACAUACGAUCGAAACCAGUUUAAAGAAUGAUCACCAAUACCUGAGUUUUCGAGUUUGUGCAGUAGAAUGUCGUGGUCUACUGUGUCAAAGGCCUUAGCAAAAUCAAGGAAAAUAGCUCCAGUUAGGGCUCCUUGUUCCAUGCCAGUUUGGAUGUCAUUGCAAACUUUUAGGAGGGCAGUUGUAGUGGAGUGAUUCUGGCGAAAGCCCGAUUGAUCAGGGGUCAGAUAGUUUAAUUGUUGGUAGUACUCACAAAGUUGCGUAUGGACACAUUUUUCUAAGAUUUUUGACAAUACAGGGAGCAAUGAUAUUGGGCGAUAGUUAGAAAAAUUAAUUAAUUAAUUAAUUAAAGACCGAUGGGGAUCUAUAAAACCUCCAUAUGGUUUAACACCUUCCUAUGCCCCCAACUGCAAUGCUGCGUUUGUGUCAAUGGGGCCUUUGAAAUAAUGGAGGAGACAUAUUCCUUGCCAUGCCCCCAUCCAUGGGCAUUGGGUGAGGGAAUUUAUAAAAAGCAACAAGGUGGACAGAUCCCUGUCCAGCCCUCUGCCCCCACCUGUGGCCAGUGGAUGGGGGCUAUUUGAUAAAAUAAAAGGGGAGGACAUCCUUAUGACCCCAACCCAUUAGUGGGUGGGAGCUAAUAUAAUAUUCAGGUGGAAUCACCUAAUGCCCCCAUGGCGGUAAGUGGGGGUCCUCAGGCAAGUGUUGAGAGAAGAUUUUCUUUUAAAACCGAGCCAGCAUUUGGUCUGUAUUUCAGCUGUCUAGCAGUGUUCGGUCUGGCUGAGAUCUAGACCAUAUUCAGGCCAGUCAAGGCUAAAAUUACAAAAUCUGGACAUUGUUAAAUAGUGUGAACAAUAUCUAGAUUUUGCAGUCCGAAUUGAUUUGGACUUUAGUGAGUAGAAAUUAAUGUGUAGAAAUCAUUUUGAAUAUAUAAGCCUAUUGUUAGAAGAGCAGAGCUUCAUUUCCAUCCCCACAAAAAAUAAGGACUAGUGUACCCACCAACUGGUGUUCAAAGUCCUUGAAGAAUGAUAACUAGCUAACCCAAUCUUUCUUAAAAUAAAACACUUCUUUAGAAAUAUUGUGCAAUCAGGUGAAAACAUAUGAAUAAUCAUAGGUUUAGUGAUGAUCCAAUUGUGCAGCAAUGUUGACAUAGAUAAAAUCGGCUAUUGGAUUUUGAAGACAGGUUUCACAAGCAUACAUGCCUAAAUUACUAGUACAAUUAAAAAACAGUUUUUGGUUAUCUGAAAGGAUUAAAGGAACUCUCCAGUACACUUCUUUGUGAGUAGACAAAUUAUUUUAGAAUCAUUUGACAAUUUAUCUUGGGUCUGCGGAGGACCACUCCCAACUCCACAACAUCUGCUGACAAGCCAGAAGCUUCUAGUCAGCGCAGUACACAGGUUAGCUUAUUGUCUGGCAGCAUCAGCCAUUGAGCUACACCCUGCAUUGUAGAGCUCAGUCCAGCCUGAGGGCUUCUGCCUCUGUCUGAAGUAGUGGAUAUGGGGUACAGUGUCCCAUGGACCCCUGAUAAGAAGUUAAAACAUUUUUAAAUGGUUUUACUAUUUACAAGUGCAGGGAGGGGAGUGCAGAGCAAAUCACAGUGAUUAUGGUGAUUGGAAUGUUCCUUUAAUGCAAGUUGUAUUCAGUGCAUACUAAACUCAUUAAAAUAUUGAAUCUUAGAUGUAAAUAGUGCAUAGAGAUUUGCUUCAGUUGGCCUUAUUGACAAUGUGCGCAGGCUUUGUUUUGUCCAUCUUCUUCUGUAGUUAAAUAUUACAUGUUUUUUCUGAAGUUAAAUAUGAAUUGCAUUUAUCUUUGUUUCCAUGUUGAAUUUUGACAGAGAUUACAGAGGAUGGUCUCCCUUACACAGUGCUGCCUGCUGUGGAAAUAUCGCUCUAGUGAAAUACCUCAUACAAAAAGGUGCUUCCAUUAACCAGAGAGAUUUAUGCAAUCACACUUCACUUCAUCGAGCUGCCUGGAAUGGUCACACUGAGGUCGCUGAUUACCUUCUAGAAUGUGGGGCAUCACCAGACGUUCUGACCAGUUCUGGAGAAACACCAAUGCUCUUAGCAGCAGCCAAUGGGCACAUGCUCUGUGUCAAGUCAUUACUAAAUUACAAGGCCUCGCCUGACAUUGGUGAUAGCAAUAAGUGGACCCCGCUACAUUGGUGCGUCAUCAAUGAUCACAUGGAUGUGCUCGACUACCUGGUAUCUCUUGGAGCAUCUCUAGACAGUCAGAGCAAUACAGGGAUGACCCUGAUGCACCUGUCUGUGCUUGCAGAAAACAUACACAUUACAAACUACCUAGUAAAGAGGAAAAUGGAUGUUAAUGCGAAGGAUGACAGGGGGGUCACAGCUCUUCACUUAGCAGCCGAAAAUGGGAACCUCGAGGUAUGUUUACACAAAAACAAAUUAAAAUGUUUCAUAUAGUGUGUGUUAUUCUAGUUAUGUAGGCACCGUUCAUGUAUCCAUUUUUAUUUGGUGCGUAAAGUAUCAGUGAUUUGUAGCUUUGAGACGUCAGAUGAUUGUUGGCAUAUUGUCCAGAUAAAGCCUGAGGACGUUAAAUUGAAGCUGCUGCUGUGCUCCAACCGCAGAAUGUGAAGUAGCCCACUUAUUAUCUAUAGAUAACAUGAUAUAAUAGUCCCUGCGCUAAACAUGCUCCAAACAAUUUUUCGCAGCUUGAUUGUAUCACAGAUUACUAAUAAAAAUAAAGAUCUACUAAAGUUACACAAAAGAUAAUCUAAAGAGUAUGUCAUGCAGUUAUUUAUUAAAGUGAGGAUUGUCAGGAAUUCAAAGUAACGUUAAAAAUUUAAGGCCAAACCCUGCUAUGCUUCCAGUUCAACUACUUUGACUUUAAAGGGACACUAUAGUCACCAACAAAACUUACGUUUAAUGAAGUAGUUUUGGUGCAUAGAUGAUGCCCCUGCAGUCUCACUGCUUAAUUCUCUGCCAUUUCAGAGUGAAAGUACUUUGUUUAUAUAGCCCUAGGCUUAUCUCCCUACAUGUGACUUAUACAACCUUCCUAAACACUUCCUGUAAAGAGUCAUCUAAUGUUUACACUUCCUUUAUUGCAAAUUCUGUUUCAUUAAGAAUUUCUUAUCUGCUGCUUUGUUAACAGCUUGCUAGAUCCUACAGGAGCCUCCUGUGUGUGAUUUAAGUUCAAUUUAAAGAGCAGGAGAUAAAAACGUUUAACCCCUUAAGGACCAAACUUCUGGAAUAAAAGGGAAUCAUGUCAUGUGUCCUUAAGGGGUUAAAGUAAGUUGCAUCUGACUGAAAAUGAAACCAUUUAGUUUUCAUGCAGGCUGUAUCAGUCAUAGACAGGGGAGGUGUGGCUAGGGCAGCAUAAACAGAAACAAAGGUGAUUUAACUCCUAAAUUAUCUGCAAUAAUCUCUUUAGUAAAGAACUCUGUUCAUAAAAGUCAGCUCUGGUUACAUAUUGUGAUUUAGUAUUAUUUUCUAACAUGUCAGUUGUGUAUGUUUAUUUUAAAUGAACACUCCAAGUACUAUGGCUACUACAUUAUUUAUGGUACUGGGAGUGCCCUAGUUCUCCCCGCAAUGUAAAUAGUCAAACUGUAUGCUAACAGUUUGAUUUAUUCACAGGGGAUCACCGGGCGCUGGUCCCAGCCUCUCCUCUUUCUGUAUUGAAUGCUGCAACAUUCUGCUAGGACCUUCCACUAGUUUUACUGAGCUAUGCCUGCAGUCAGGGCCAGCUCACUGCCUGGGAGCAUCAGCUGAUAGCUCUCAACCAGUAUGGUAAGCCUUGCACCAUCAGGAUUAGCUCAGGCAGAGACCUUCUGGCUCUCAGAGAGGCAGGGACGGCUUACUUUAGGCAAAAAGUCAAACCGUUGGCAAAAGGUUUUACUACUUACAUUAGGGGGCGUUAGGGAACUCCUAGCAUCAUAAACACUACAGUGCACUGUAGUAGUUAUGGUGUUUCAAGUGUUUCUUUAAUUUACUUGAAAAUUAACAGUCAGGGGGUGCGGAGCUUGACCACCAAGCAGAACAGAUGUGUGCCACAAGAGCUCCUGCACCUAACAUCUAUUUUUGUGGCAUAUUUCCAAGCCAAACCACUUUCUGCCUGCAGUGAAGCAAUAUAUACUAUACCGGGGUCGACGGUGCGUCUUGAGAUACCUCACCGGCACAGGAUUGCUUGGCUCGAGGUCCUGCAGCCUACAGGUGAUAAAGCGGAGGAGAGACGGACACUCUCCUAGUGCUCCGCCAGACCGUGAGAAGACUGAAUAUCGCUGCAGACCAGUGGGGGUUAUCCCAGUCCCCUCGGGCUAGCUCUAAAUACUCACGCAGCCGGCUGACACCCAACACGGCAGGAGCUGGGAUCAGAGCCGACACACACAAGAUGGUGCUUGAGCCCCCAACACAAGUGCAUGUGGCGCAGCAUGCUGAAACGGCUCACCUAAGCGUGGCUGACAAAAUGCUACAGUGACUGGAUUUGAUAUUUGAGCACUUCUGUGCACAACUAGAGUCUCGUCUCGUCUGUCUGCAUCACCGUUGCACCAGGAAGGUGAAGGGACAGGAGAGACCACCUCAGGGCAAUCAACCACCUAAGACAACAUCUACGCCACCUGUACCUCUUACUAAACACCUACCUGAGCUCAAGGCCAUUCGGGACAUUAUCCCGUCACACAGAACACAGCAAUGAAGGACCCACCACCGUCCACAGCGGCAGACCUUCACUGUGAGGGCCAUGGACUUUGCUCACACUCGUGCCUGUGGCAUUAUGAUACAGCUUCUCCCUCAUGCCUGGGAUUGUGGAGGAACCUUGAUGCACCCAGAUCUCGCCACCCUACAAGAUUAUCCUGCUUCACCGAACCAGGGGAUUGGCUGGCACAAAUGCUACCAAGGGCUCAUAGCCCACUUUCCACAAGGGCUAAUACCACUUCUCUGCCCUUCUUAGCCCGGGUGGCUUUCACCACUGACCAUGUUACCUAUGCUGCUGCCGAGGUCCUCUAUACUCUUGUAACUUUAUCUCGCCAACAGCACUUGGUGUGUGUAGGAUGUAGGGACACAGCCUGAUCUGUUAAGUUCUCCUUGUAUAUGGCAGACUAUUAUACCCACUGGCUAGCAUCUCUCCUGACAGACUGCCUUACUUUUUUUUUUUUCUUGAUGCUUAGACAGCUUUGCCUAACAAGUUCCCUACGUACUCUACGUAAAAUGUGCAGUCUCUUCACAAUGCUGACCAACUGUUAUAUUAUGUUGUUUCUUGCAUCUGUAUUUCUCAUUUAAUAACUAUGUCAACUACAUACAAUGUGUAGAAUUUCAUAACUGACAGUAAAGCUCUUCUUGUGCAUCUAGACUCAUCUGUAUAGCAUGUUAUAAUUUAAAAAAAGGUGCUGUGACUCAAACAUUUUAUAUUACCACAGAAUUUAAAUGUAUUGUGUAUACUUGUACAACUUCCACAGAAGCUUGUGUUCUUAAUAUGCACCGAUAAAAAAUACAAAUUCUAAGGAAAUUAACAGUCCAGCACUCCUUCAUGUUUACAGAAAUCCACUUGAGUAUGACUGAUUAUAACUAUGACUUGUCAAAGGUCAAUUGCUGGCUGAAAAGGUCUCUUUCAAUAUGCUGUAAUUAAAGGAACACUAUAGGCACCCAGACCACUUCAGCUCAUUGAAGUGGUCUGGGUACAAUGUCCCUAUUUCACUUGUGCAGUGCUGCAAUGUUAAAUAUUACAGUUCCAGAGAAAUUGCAAUGUUUACAUUGCAGCACUAAACCUGCCUCCAGUGGCUGUCUACCAGACAGCCACUGGAGACGCUUCCUUCGUCCAAACAGACCUUUGGUCCGGUAACUGGCGCUGGACGUCCUUAUCAGAUUUUCCCCCAUAGGAAAGCAUUGAUUCGCGGCACGGAGGAGGUGGCAGAGCCAAGACCCAGCGCAGAGGGACAUGUGUUGGAAGCAGGAAAAAUGGGAAAGUGAAAAGAUUUGAGUAACUUUGACAAGGGCCAUAUAGUCUUGGUUAGACAACUGGAUCACAGCAUCUUUAAAAUGGCAAAUGGCAAGUCUUGUCAGACAGUAUGUAGUAAUUAGUACCUACAAAAAGUGAUGUAAGAAAGUACAGCUGGUGAACCGGUGUCAGGAUUAUGGGUGCCCAAGGCUCAUUGAUAUAUGUGGGGAGUGAAGGAUAACCCGUCUGAUCUGAUCACAUAAAAGAGCUACUGUAACUCACACUGCUGAAAAUAAUGUACUCUGGGCAUGAUAGAAAGGUGUUAGAACACACCAUACAUCACAGUUUGCUGUGUAUGGGGCUGCAUAGCUGCAGACCAGUCAGAGUGCCUAUGAUGACUCUUGUCAACCGCCAAAAGCACUUCAAUGGGUACAUGAGUUUCCGAACUGUACCAUGGAGCAAUUGAAGAAGGUUGCCUCGUCUGGGUUGCCUCGUCUCGUCACAUUUUCUUUUAGGUCAGGUGGAUUACUGGGUUUGUGUAUAUUGUUUACCUGGGGAUGAGAUGGCAGCAGGAUGCACUAUGGGAAGAAGGCAGGCUGGCAGAGGCAGUGUUAUGUUCUGGGCAAUUUUCUGCUGGGAAACCUUGGGUCCUGGCAUCAAUGUGGAUGUUACUUUGACGCGUACCACCUACCUAGAGAGAGGUCGUUGCAGACCAUGUACACCCCUUUGUGACAUUUGUGUUUCCUUAUGGCAGUAGCCUCAGCAGGAUAAUGCACCCUGACACAAAGCAAAAAUUGUUCAGGAAUGGUUUAAGGAACAAGAUAAACAGUUCAAGGUGUUGUCUUGGCCUCCAAAUUUCCCAGAUCUCAAUCUGAUUGAGCAUCUGUGGGAUGUGCUGGAGCAACAAACUUGAUCCAUGAAGGUAACUUGUAAGACUUAAAAAGACACUAUAGGCAUCCGGACCACUUGAGCUCAUAGAAGUGGUCUGGGUGCAAUGUCCCAGGUCCCUUCACCCUGCACAGAUUUGUUUUAAGAAACUGUAAUAAUUAACUUUCAGGGUUAACUCCGCCUCUAGUGGCUGUCUACUAGACAGCCACUAGAGAGACUUCAGGGCUGUUAAGCGAUUUUGCCAUUACAGCACACGCGCAAUAGGUCUCCCCUGUCGACGUCAGUCGAAAGAUGAGAAGGUGAACCCUAGCCAUCGGCGCUAGACCCAAGUAAGUGACAGAGGUUUUGAGGGAGGGGAGUGGAAAGGGGGCGCGAAGGAGGGAAAAGCUAUAGUGCCAGGAAAACAAGUUUGUUUUUCCUGGUACUAUAGUUUCCCUCUAAAGUAUCUGCUGCUAAUAUCUUGUCAGAUACCACAGGACAUGUUCAUAGGUCUUGUGGAGUCCAUGCCUCAAAACAUUAGAGCUGUUUUGGCAGCAUGAGGAUGACCUACACAAUAUUAGGCAGGUGGUUUUAAUGUUGUGGCUAAUCAGUGUAUGGCAAAGGGGACACUCUAAAGUAGUGUGCAAAUACCAGGAGCUGACCUGUGAUACUGGCUCAAAUAUAGUGGUCUAAAAAGGUACAUUAUAACAACAUCAAUACAGUGCAGGAUAAAUAUAAAAUAUAUGUACUGUGCCUUUAAGAAAUGGAAAAGGGGGAAUAGGAAAUAUAAAAGCAAAAAGGAAAUACUGAGGAAUAUAAAAGGAAGGAAUAAAAAGAAAAUAAAAAGAGUAAAAAUAAUUUAGAAGAUAAAAAUACAACAGAUAAAAGCAGAAACAAAAAUGAGAAUAAGAAGUAAUAAAUGGUAUUAAAAAUGUGCAGCAAAUAUGUGUGCAGUGCAAGUGUCUCUAUCCCUGAUCCAAAGCAGGGUAGUUGAUACUUGCUCCAAAUAAUAUACUUUGUAUAUUACAAAGAUAAAAUUAAAAUAGAAAUAAAAAUAUAUAUAAUGUAGCAAUACAGUAUAGAAGACUGUUAUGGUAAUACAAGCAGUGUAUCACAUAAGAUGGAAAGCAAUGGCACAAACUGGAUGUAAAUUACAAAAAACUGUUUAUUGAACAAAAUGUUAAAAAAUAUAUGUCAGGAAUAGUUCAUACAGAUGUUACCAGUCUUAUAAGAGUCUGUAAUGUGCAAGGACCUUCGGAUUUGGCUAGGAUUGAUGUGGAUUGCCUUGACAAGCUGCCGCUUGAAAUCCGACCGCCGGUGAGGACGGCGUGAUUCUGGGUGUGCGUCCUGACAAAGAUCUCACUCCGGGGGACGUGUACUGCAGACGGUUCUGUUUCACAAGUGUACCAAUGGCCCUGAACGGAUACAGACUUCUGCUGGUGUGUGCUCUGUAUGCUCUGCUGGAUCUGUGUCCUGACAGCUGAAUCUGUCUUACGCGUUUCAUAGGAGAACGCCCUACUUCUUCAGAGACAGGAUGUGGACCAUUGCUUCAAUAUUUCUUAUAUAUACAUGCUUUUAAUUGUUAAUAAAAACUAUUAUUAUAUAUUACAUUCUAAUUACAUGGUAUAAAAGGCUUAGAUAGACAUAUGUAUUAUAUCUGUAUAGUGCAGUCAAAACAAGCAGUAAUUAAAUGUGUGAUGUGCACACCGAACAUAAUAAUCAAAGUUAUAAGAUAAUUGCACAUUCAUAUAGAAACCUAAUUGUCAGUCAAGGUGAUAUACUUGUAGUACAUUUUGCACUUCAUGACAUGAUAGGUUAAAGGGUUAAAGAAAUGCAUGCAACUCAAAAUGUAUGUUAAGUCCUUUAGGGACUAGAGUAUCUAAUUCGAAGAUCCACUUCGCUUCUGUUUGAUUGAGUAUUUUGUCGAUGCUAUCUCAUCUGCAGUGUACAUUUACUUUUUCUAUAGCUAGAAAUUCACGUCCCAUGGGGUCUCCCCCAUAUGUUUCCUUAAAGUGCUUCGAGAGGUUGUGUGUUAGAAGUCCCUUUCUAACAUUCCUAAUGUGCUCCGCAAUGCGUACUUUCAGUGGUCUCUUCGUGUGUCCAAUAUAUUGUUUCGGGCACGGGCAACUAAUAAGAUAGUUGACUCCUGAAGUGUUGCAGUUCAUAUUACUUUUAAGGUCAUAUUCUUCUUGGUUGGUCAAUGAUGGAAAUCUUGUAGUUACUUCUUCUGUUGAUGGAUUAUUCUUACAUGCUAGACAUUUCUUACAUCUUGUAAACCCAUGAGUGGAGUCUUGGCCUAUGGUGGUGUUAGAAGAUUUAAUGGUAGGUGCCAGCAUAAGUUGGAUAUUGGAGGCUCUUGUAAAUAUGAUCUGUGGUUGGUGAUCGAGGAAUUUGGAGAGGGUUGGGUUACUCUUAAGAAUUUCCCAGUGUUUUUUCAGAAACUUCUGUAUUUUGAGCGCUUUGUGGUUAUAUUUGGUGAUAAAGGUAUGUGCCGAGGUGUGUGAUUCCAUAGUUUUGUUUUUUUCGCAUAGAGUGUCUUUCCUUUGAAUAGAUAGUGCUUUCUCCAUGGCUUCUCCCAGUCGUGCUGCAGGGUAUCCUUUAUCUACAAAUCUUUUUUUCAUUUCAUCCAUUUGGUUCCUACAGACAUCAACUUUAGAGCAGUUGCGUCUAACUCUCCUAAAUUGGUUCUGAGGUAUAUUCCUUAACCAUGUGGGUUUGUGAUGACUGUUAAAAGGAAUAAAACUGUUACAAUCAACGUUCUUUUGAAAAGAUUUCAUAUGAAUCCUUCCUUCCUCAAUGUAAAUAUUAAGAUCUAAAAACUCAAUCUGUUCUUUAGAGUGAUUAAAAGUAAAUUUCAAGUGAUAAGGAUUAUUGUUGAGGUAGAUCUUAAAUUCCUCUAGGGAUUCCAGAUUUCCUUUCCAUAUGAAGAAGCAGUCGUCGAUAUAUAUGCACCAUAGGGACAGAUUUGCGCCAAAUGGGCAGUGGGUCCAUAUGAAUUCUUCCUCCCACUUGCCCAUAAAUAGAUUAGCAUAGCUUGGCGCAAAUCGUGUCCCCGUGGCUGUACCUUCUAUCUGGAGAUAAAAUAGAUCAUCACACCAAAAAUAGUUAUGGGUGAGGAUAAAAACGAUGCACUGAAUUAAAAAAUCGAUUUGAUCAUUUUAAAAUUCUGAGUAUGUGGCUAAAGAGAAUUGUAUAGCUUCACAUCGCUGAAGAUGUUCAAUCACUGUAUACAAUGAAGUGACAUCGGCAGUAAAUAAAAACAUAUCGUUGUCCCACUUAAAAUCAGAUAAAAGAUUUAAAAUCUGGGUGGAGUCUCUCAGGUAGGAUUUGAGGCAUAAAACUAAAUGUUGUAGAUAAUGAUCAACGUAUUCUGAAAGGUUAACGGUGAGAGAUCCAAAUCCGGAUAUAAUCGGUCUCCCAGGUUUCUCCAAUCGCUUAUGGAGUUUGGGCAGCUGGUAAAACACUGGUAUCCUUGGAAAUUGAGUGUGUAAGUACUUGAACUCUCUUUCAUUGAGAAUACCCCUACCCUACCCAUAACUGAGUAUUUCUUUGAGUUCUCCUUGAUAUUGUAGAGUGGGGUCAUAGUCAAGUUUAAGGUAGGUGUUAGUGUCUCCUAGUAGUCUUCUGUUCUCUUCAAUAUAGUCCUCGGUGUUCAGGAUGACUAAACCACCUCCUUUAUCCGCUGCUUUGAUUGUGAUGUCUUCAAGUUUCAUAAGCUGUUUUAGUGCAUUCCAUUUUUGGUCAAGUUAUCCUUGGUGAUCUUGUUAGUGAUCUCAUUUCUGAAAUCCUUCUCACCCAUCUUUUCGAAUACUUUGAUGGAAUCAUUCUUGACAUAGUGUGGGUAAAAUGUUGCGCUAGGGUGCAGUCUGGUAUGUAUGUAUUCUUGUUCUGUCUCCUGUUGUGUUACAUCUUUGUGUUACUUCUUAUUCUCAUUUUUGUUUCUGCUUUUAUCUGUUGUAUUUUUAUAUUUUUUCCUUUUUAUUCCUUCCUUUUAUAUUCCUCAGUAUUUCUUAUUUGCUUUUAUAUUUCCUAUUCCCCCCUUUUCCAUUUCUUAAAGGCACAGUAAAUAUAUUUUAUAUUUAUCCUGCACUGCAUUGAUGUUGUUAUAUUAUACCUUUUUAGACCACCAUAUUUGAGCUAAUAUCACAGGUCAGCUCCUGGUAUUUGCACACUACUUUAGAGUGUCCCCUUUGCCAUUUUUUCCUGUAGGUUUUAGUGAAUCCCUAUCUGUUUCCAGUUUGAGCGGCCCAGUGUUAGUCAGACUCCCUCUCCUCUGUGUGUUACACUAGGUAUACCAGAACCACUUACUCCUGAUCAGUGUAUAGGUUCAUUUUCUUUCUUGGCUCCUAGUUUCUUCAGGGAGUGGGGAAGAAUGUAUCUUUACAUAGUCCACUAAUACAUUUUUGUCAUCAAAAUGGUUUAUCACAGAUAAAAUUAAAAGAUUGCCCCAAGCACCACAACCACUUCAGUGAUGUAAAGUGGUUAUGGUGCCUGGAGUCUGUAUGUACAACAUUUCACCACGCCCAAGGUAAGAUGGUAAACAUUUAUUUGUGAACGUGACCAGGUUAUGCCUCAUGCCUUAACCACUGCAGUGGGGUUGUAGUAACCCUGUAACACUCAGUAGUUUCCUCUCUGCAUUGCAGUAGUAGGAAAGGUUAGCUGGGAAGUAACUGGCAUGCUGAUGCUCUCAGCCUACCAAUGUGUGCUGAUUGAAAAAAAUGGUACGUACUUUUAGGUACAUGGCAGUUACAUAGUUCUCUCAGCCUAGGAACACUUUGCUAUGUACUUAGUGAUAAAAGGGCACACUGUGUCAGUAUUUUCAGUCAUGUAUGUAUACAUAAUUUCUAUGCGUUAUAAGUGCUGCAGUAUUUACCAGUUCAUUGUCCUAUUAUUAUUGCAACUCCAGAGUAAAUAACUAAUGAAUCACUAGAAGACAUUCUAGAAUAUCAUACUUGGCCACUACGUGGUGUGUAAAUGCAGUUAACAGUUUCAGGAGUGAAUGGUAAUAAUGUAGUUCUCAAGUUAUUACUCAUUGUAUUACAUUUCUCAAAAACCUACUGGGUGCUUCUUUUUUUUUUUUUAAAUCUUUUUAUUUUUUUUACUUUAUUUUUGUAGUACACACUUCACAUGUUAACUGAACCAGUUGAUUAAUAUAUAUGACUUUUCUACCUCCAAAGAUAAUGGUACUUAUUUAGUCUAGAUCGGAAGGAUAUGUCUUUUUUUUUUUUAUUACAGAUAACUAAUUUCUCAAAGAUAUCCUAACACAUACUUGAUAUUACAUACUAAGGAGUAUAGAAAUGAGGGGGCACCAUCACAUUUGUAUAUUAAUAGUUUACCUUGGGUUAAUAUUAUAUUUUAAAGGCACAGGUAUAUCCCUAAAUGUAAAAAAUAAGGGGAUAUGUACAAUAAUUAUUAAAAGCAUAGCAACUAUAGAAAUAUUAAUAUCCUGACCAGCCAAAGACCAUUGGGAGUUAAACCCGCAAGCAGCAGCUGCAAUUUGUGACUGUCUUCCUUAAUAAAGCCCCUCUCCCUUCCAUUAGUAAUAUGCAGGGAGAGGAGCUAAGGUGAAAGAAUUGCAUGGUCUUUCUCUCCCCACACCCUCUGCUGGCAUAUCAGAAAAGGGUCUGGUAUAUCAUUAUUAUUUAUAAAGCGCCUACAAAUUCUGCAGCUCUGUACAAUGGGUGGACUAACAGACACGUAAUUGUAACCAGACGAGUAGGACGCACAGGAACAGAGGGGUUGAGGGCCCUAGCUUACAUGCUAGAUCAUUCACCCCCUUCAGAAAAUACGUGAAUAGUUUGCAUUGGCUGCAAAUAACAACUGCUGCGGAUCAUGAGUGUAGCUCAUUAUAUAACAUUUUUUAGGAAGGGCUGGACAUGUAUGCCCCAAUGCUAUCUACAGAAUAGGUGCCCCAAACUUUGCAGUGUCAACUACACCAUGCAGUACAGGAUUUGAAAACAUUAAAAACCUAUUAAAAUACCAUCCAAUAUACCACUGAUCGAUCAUUCUCAGCUGCAAUAAUUUCAUAUAUCUGUCAGGAAGUUGCAUAUUGUAUAUGACCCUGGAGCAAUCUACAAUAUGCUAAAGAAACCCAUACCUAUUAUUUAACCUCUGUUAUGGAGUAAAUAUCUCAUUUUAUUUUCAUGAUAAUGCUAGGAUACAUGGCAUGCAGUUAAUCAUAUCCAUAAAUCUUGUCUCAGAUUCUAGAAUUCCUGCUGAGGAAAAUGGCGAAUGUGACUGAAAUGGAUGAAAAUCAGCUUACUCCUCUACAUCUAGCAGCCAGACAAGGAAAUGUCAGGGCAAUAAGCCUUUUACUGCAACACGGGGCUGACAUAAAUAGCACUGAUUCACUGGACUUAACCCCCCUACAUCAAGCAGCCUACAGGGGUCACAGUGAGGCGUCUUCCUGCCUCCUCCAACAUGGAGCUGACAUCAGCUACAAAGACUGCCUUGGGAAAACAGCAUUACAUAUUGCAGUGGAAAGGGGUCAUUUCAGCGUGGUUAGAAUCCUAAAAGAAUCGGGAGCUGACCCAACUGUUAAAACAAAAUGGAAUGAGUCCGCUAUGGAUAUGGCCGUACGAGCCAACCGUAAGGAUAUCCUUAAUAUUUUGACCAUGGGAGGUAUGAACCUGUGCUAA